AUGGAAGUUUUUCUUUAUAAUUCUACAGUCUGUAGAUUAUGUGGUGAAGAAAAUGACAAUGGAACCUUAUUAUAUUCUAGCGAAGAAAAUAAUCAAAACUUAUGUGAAAUAAUAAACACCUAUUUACCUAUGAAGGUAUCAGAUGACGGAGAACUUCCUCGAACUAUUUGCCCUGGUUGUACCAUUCAACUAGAAGCCACUGUUGAAUUUUUAAAUUUAAUUAUAAAUGGUCAAAAAAUUAUAAGAGAGCUAUAUCAAAGGGAAAAAGAAUAUAAAAAAAAUAUAUUGAAUGCGCCAACACCUGGAGUCAUAUCAGAGAAAAUUAUUUAUGAAAUAAACACCAGUGAUGGGGCAUACCAUGUGGAACAUCCAAUAUCUCUACAAGUUGCUGGUCUUGAAAAACCAAAGCGUAAAAGGGGUAGGCCUCCUAAAAAACCUAAAAGUCCAGAAGAACUGGCACAAGAAGCUGCAGCAAAGGAAAAACAAGAACUUAUAUCAAAGAUUAAUAAUAAAGAAGAUGAACAGCCAUCGGGCAAGAGAAGGCGGAAAACACCAACCAGGUUUAAGGAAGCUGUCCAGGGUAAAGAACUGGAAAGAAUAUUUAUGGAGAAAGGAGUGAUAGAUGCUGAUGAAAGUGACCAAGAAAGGAAGUCUGAUGGUGAAAUACCUUUAAAGACUCCAACGGUGAGAGAACCUGAAGUGAUAGGACAUUUAGAAGACUCGGGCGAGCUUGUUGUGGUUGUCAAAGGAAUAGGAAGAGGAAGGCCUAAAGGUCGCAUGCGUCAAACUCGCGAGCAAUGCGCGAUAUGUGGCAUGGAGUUUUCAUCGGUGGGUCGUUACAUGUCUCAUGUAGCGCAGCACGGUCCAGUACAGUUCCUGUGUGGCUGCGGGACGGCUUUUCCUACUAGACUUCGCUUUGAAGACCAUCAAGAAGAGACCGGACAUACUGGACGCACCGUGCAACCACUUCCUAAAGCAAUAGAAAAAAAAACUCAAACAAAAGAAAUAACUCUGGAAGCUAAAAAUGUAUCAGAAAAGCCAGUAGCGAGUUCAGAAAAAGUAGAAGAAAUUAACAACACCAUAAUAUCUAAGGAACUGCCUGAUUUAAGUGAUGUGAGUAGACUUGAAACUGCGAAGCCUGAAAAUACCAACCAAGAACCAAUAGAUGUUGUAGCUGAUGAACCUACUUCUGUCAAAACGGAAUCCAAUAAUACAGAUAGUGUAAAUGAAAUUCCCAAUGACGAGGAAGUGCAGACAGAAAAGGGUAAAGUUAAAAUAAAAUGCAACUACUGUGACAAGUUGUUCAGCACGCGCCAGAGCAAGUCGCUACACAUUAAGGCGGCGCACCUCGGCGAGAAGGCGUUCGCGUGCGGCGAGUGCGGCGCGCGCUUCGCCUACCCGCAGUCGCUGGCCGUGCACCGCGUGGCGCACCGCCGCACGCGCCCCGCGCGCGGGUACGCCUGCGACCUCUGCGGGAAGGUGCUGAACCACCCGUCGUCGGUGGUGUACCACAAGCAGGCGGAGCACGCGGCGCAGCGCUACGUGUGCGGCACCUGCGGCAAGCACUUCCGCCACCGCCAGCUGCUGCAGCGCCACCAGCUCGUGCACUCGCAGGCGCGGCCCUUCACGUGCAAGACGUGCAACGCGACGUUCAAGACGAAAGCGAACCUGCUCAACCACCAGCUGCUGCACUCCGGCGUGAAGAAGUUCUCGUGCGACAUCUGCCGCCAGCGCUUCGCGCACAAGACCAGCCUCACGCUACACAUGCGCUGGCACACGGGCGUGAAACCGUUCUCGUGCUUCGUAUGCGGCAAGAGCUUCAGUCAGAAGGGCAACCUGUCGGAGCACGAGCGCAUCCACACGGGCGAGAAGCCCUACCAGUGCGGCGAGUGCCCGCGCCGCUUCACCACGUCGUCGCAGCACCGCCUGCACGCGCGCCGCCACGCCGCGCGCGCCGCGCUCGCGCCGGCGCAGGACAGGCCGCACUGCGGCAAGUGCGGCAAGCGAAUGGCAUCCCGCAACGCGUGGGCGCUGCACGUGCGACGCGACAAGUGCAGCGCGCGCGCGCAACGGAGGUUACUCGAAAGGAGUAAGCAACCACACAAACAAAUAAGUCUUCUAGUCACAGACAAGUCCCAACAAGUCGGACAUGAAGAGGGAGAAGUACAGCAGAACAUACAGUUGGAGGAAGAAGCAGAGACUGAGACAGAAGAGAGAGUGAUAUACGUGGCGUACGACGCGGACGACGUCGACGCGCCCGCCUUCCACAUACUGGACCCUGAACAGGCUGUCAAUAUAGAAGAGAACAAAGUGCUCACAACCUGCGAACUGUAUUCCGGGUCCUCACUUCUGGUGCCGCAGCAACUGGAAGCACUGAAAAUGGACCUGCAGCCUGAGGUAUUGGAGCUGGAGGAAGAACAAGAGAUGGAGUUGGAAACAGACCAGCUUAUGUUGGAUGGAGAAAAUAUACCGGUGACGGACGAGGCGGGCAACCCGCUGCACUUCACGAUGCAGGACGGCACCAAGCUCGCCAUCACCUCCAUCGACGGGAAGACUCUGCAGGUCAUCACACAGGACGGCCAGACCAUACCCGUGGAAAUCAAUGGAUAUAAUAAUGAAGAGGACGCAGAGGCAAUGGCGAAGGGCGCGGAGGAGGCGCCCGUCACGCACUUCUACGCGCUCGUG